CGGGGAAACCUGAUGCUAAUUAAGUCUUUGGAAUGCCACAUACUGACAUUGUAGUGCGGAAGCCCUCAGAGUGGGUCAGGCAUGGAGAGAGCCAGCAGUAAUGCGUGUGUCUAAUGUUUUUAUUCCUAUCUGACAGUCGGGAGAGUCAGUCUCACCAAAACCCCCGGGGCUGAUGUUCUGUGAGGGGCUGCUGAUCUAGACUCUCUGUGUCAAGUGUGAUAAAGUUUGUUUUCAGUUGUGACACAGGAGACAAUAGAUGGUUUUUCUCAACUUGAAUCCUUGAGCAGUUUUUAGGAGCUUUUCAAAGAUUUUUCCAUAUUUUUCUUUUUCCAUUUGAGAAUCUAAAGCUGAAUUCGCCUUUUCUUCUUUUUUACAGGUUUAAAAAAAAAAAAAAAAACUGAUGCAAAAAUGGUUUUACUGACAUCAGUGCUGUUGCUGCUGCUCUCUUCUGUAUCACUGCACAACACCGCGCAAGCUGUCGCAGAGAUUUGCCGGGGGACGCACUGCUACGGCGGGGAAACCGGCGAUCCAAGACCGUGCACCGGAGCGCACUGUCCUGGGGGCAGAUCCUCCAGAACGCCGAGGCAGUUUAACCCGAACACGCAGGGGAGAGCGGUGCAGGGAGCUGGCGGCCAAAACCACGCGUACCCGAGCUCUCCAAGAGCUGCGUCGGAAGCCUAUCCGGCCGUGCAGCCGCUCCGCGGGCGGCACAGCAGCGGCAGCGACAGCGGCGGCGGCGCGCGGGUGAGAACGCCUGAAGUUUUACCUGCAGGAUGCACCGAUGCGGACUGCGCUGCUCUUGUGAAACAAUUUCAGCCCACAAAUGACACCCGAGACUGUAGAGGGAUCGAGUGCAGACUGCCCCUGAGGGUGCGACCAAAACCUCGAGCAAAGUCCUGUGUGGGUGAGGGAUGUCUGGCCGGUUCAGAGGAGAGCGUCUCCUCCGCCGCCAGCCAGCUUCCCCCUGUCCAUCUGUCCGACAGAGCCGCGCAGUUUCUGGGAGAUUUUCCGGAGUUUGGAUAUCCUUCAUCGGAACUUGGCGGCGCGCCUCUGGGUGUGCAGCUCACAUGUGACAUCAAGCCAGGUGAGAAUGAAGUUCCCUCAGAGGACGCCCUCAUCCUGCACCUCCAGCUGGCCAAGGGGCAGGAGAAGCUGGUGGAGGCCCUGCGAGCCCAGCAGAUGGUCAUCCGCGACCUGCAGCAGAAGCUCGCCGACCAACAGGAGGCGCUGCUGUCUCAGCAGCGGGAAAUCCUGGAUCAGCAGCGGCGCAUGUACGAGCAGAUGGACGUGGUGAAGGCGCAGUACGGCCUCCUCUCUGACACCGUCAAACAGGUCUCCUUCCAGGGCCUGCAGGGCGAGCUGCAGAGCUACUUUGAGAGCCACCUGGCAGGUCUGCAGAGCCAGGCCCGCAGCCACCUGCAGAAGUCCUACGCCGUCCACAAGAUGGACAUGGACACGAAGGUGAUGGAUGUAGUCGGGGAGGCUAACUUCCCUCAGCCUCUGCUGGGAUGCCCGUCACCCUGUGGAUCAGAGGAGUUCUGUGAUUUUCAGAGGGACCCACCUCAGUGUGAGAAGUGCACCAUGUGUCCACCAGGUUUCUUCCUGAUCUCACAGUGCUCUCCGACUGCAGACCGUAUGUGCCAGGACAGAGACGAAUGCCUUGAAUUACCAAAUAUUUGUGGAGAGAGAGUGAAGUGCCUCAACACCCCAGGAGGGUUCAGGUGUCUGGGCGUCUCGGAGAGAGAAGCAGUGAUGGGCUUGUGCGGUCACGACUACUUUUACAACCAGGAGCUGCAGGAGUGUCAGGCCUGUUCGGACUGUGACGGAGAGCCUGUCACUGCUCCCUGCGCGGCCAUCAGCGACACCGUCUGCGGACAGAAUUCAGAGAGCCGCAUGUCCCAGUCUUGGGCGGCGAAUGUGGCGGUUCCCUCUGCCAGGACCUCUGGCGCCCACAUCUUCCCUGGGCUUCAGCUAAACAUCCGAGGGAAGGAGAGCAGUGAUUUACUGUCGAACGAGGCGGGGAAGGUGACCUUCCUGCAGCACGGCCUGGUGUGGUUGGAUCAUAACUUUGCCAUAAAGCACAGCUGCAGGAACUUCCUCCAGGUGGGGAUGAGACUCAACGGGAGCCAGGAGGAGGAGGGGCGCGACCUCAGCGGCGUUCGCAUUGAACAGCCUGACGGGAAGUACUUUCAGGGAGUGAGCGUCAGCAGCGGCGUGGAGGUGGAGCCCAAUCACACCUUCACUCUGCUGCUGAAGAGUCCGAAUCAACACUGCAACCAGAGCAAAGAUCUUCACGUGUACGACAUCACCGCUCCCGCUUUAAGUCUCUUCUGGUUGUCUCAUGAUACCGGCGCUGUUGCCAUGACAGCUCAGAUGUCCCUGUUGGUGCACUACCAGACCAGCUACCGCCCUACCUUCCGUGUGACCGCAGUGUCUGACCCCUAUAUGAUCAGCCUGACCCAUGACAACCGUGGCGUGCGCUUCACAGAGAGCGGCGUGGUAAAGUUUGUCCUCCAGCAGGCGCUGUACUCCAUGGGCCACACUUGCAUUCGAGAGGGUUUCUCCCUGAUUGCGUACACCAACCGCAACGGGACCGGCCAGGAGGCGAUGCAGGCCUUCAAGACGGGCGUCAACUACAGGACACCUCCAUCACGCUCUCCGGUGCCGUGAGCGUGG